GAAGACAGCAAACCAGCCAUCACUGCCAAGGUCACCACUGGGGCAGUCAGACCAGCUCCUGCUGCAGAGAAGGCAGAAACAGGGUUAUCAGCUGGAUGCCAGUGUCUAUUCAGAGCAGUAAAAUACUCAGUUCCCAUGAAAUUCUUCACAGGGCCUGAACUCCUUCUGUGGCCAGGGAACAACAGCCACGUGCAUCUCCAGCAGCAAAAUGUUGGCUGUCGAACUUUGUCCUUGUCUGCGCAUGUUGGGUUUGAUAGCUUACCUGACCAACUGAUUAGGAAAUCCAUCAAGCAUGGCUUCUGCUUCAACAUUCUUUGCAUUGGGGAAACUGGAAUUGGGAAAUCAGCCUUGGUGAGCAGUUUGUUUAACACUGAUUUUGAGGACUCUCCAUCAACACAUUUUCUGUCAAGUGUGCGACUUAGAGCCCAGACUUUUGAACUCCAGGAAAGUAAUAUUCUUUUGAAGCUGACAGUUGUAAAAACAGUGGGAUUUGGUGACCAGGUGAACAAAGCAGAUACCUAUCAGCCAAUAGUGGAUUAUGUAGAUGCACAAUUUGAAGCCUAUCUCGAGGAAGAACUGAAAGUUAUACGUUCUUUAUUUAGCUACCAUGAUACUCGCAUCCAUGUCUGCCUCUAUUUCAUUUCACCUACAGGCCGUUCUCUAAAAACCAUUGAUUUGUUAACUAUGAGAAGCCUAGACAGUAAGGUGAACAUUAUACCAGUUAUAGGCAAAGCGGACAGCAUUUCUAAAGCUGAGCUACAAGAGUUCAAGAAGAAAAUAAUGAGUGAAUUGGUAAGCAAUGGCAUCCGGAUAUACCAGUUUCCUACUGAUGAUGAAACAGUUUCUGAGAUUAAUACCAUCACAAAUGGUUAUUUGCCAUUUGCUGUGGUAGGAAGUAUGGAGAAGGUGAAAAUUGGAGACAAAAUGGUGAGAGCUCGUCAAUAUCCUUGGGGCAUUGUAAAAGUGGAAAAUGAGAACCACUGUGAUACUAUAAAGCUUCGCAGGAUGCUUUGCACAAAUAUGGAAGACUUAAAGGAGAAGACUCGUGCAUAUUAUGAGUCAUACAGACGCUGCAGGCUGGAAAAGUUGGGUUGCAGAGACCUUGGCCCUGAGAACAAGCCAGUCAGUCUACAGGAAGUCAUUGAGACAAAGAGGCUCGAGUUCUGCCUUGAAGUGGAAAGAAAAGAAGAGGAGAUUAAGCAACGAUUUGUGCAGAGAGUGAAGGAGAAAGCAGCAAUGUUGGAAGAGGCAGAGCAACAGGUACUGACUAAAUUUGAACAUCUUACGUUAAUGCAUCAAGAAGAAGAGCUGAAAUUAGGGGAAGAGAAAAAACGUCUAGAAGAUGAAAUAGCUCAGUUUGUUGAAAAGAAGGCUAUCACUGAAUCGAUUCAGUCACAAGUGUCUGUCUCUACCCCUGGUGUUAGUUUGAAGAAAAAAGGACUGCGAAAAGUAAGUGCUGGUACCAGUCAUCAGAGGGCAAUGAGAAAGUUCUUCACAUUCACUUUUAUAACUCAGAUUUCAGUAAUCUUUUAGAAAAGACAGAUGCUCCUAUUCUGUGAUAAGAAGACAGAAGUGUAUAAAAUACCCUCAUGCUUGGAUUUACUUUUAGAGUAAUUGCUAUAUGUUCUAUGAGCAUUGUUUUAUCUUUCUUUUCUUUUUCCCAUGAAAGAACCAGGAUUUUCAACUUGAAGUCAAAUGCUUUCAUAUCAGAGAUGAAGGAACUAUGAAUGUUGGAGAGCAGAGCGAGAGGGAGAGUGAGAGUGAGAAGGAGGAGUUAGAGAGAGAAAGUCACCCAGGAAGUUUCAGGAAUAGUAUUUGAUUGCAGCACUCAGGUUUUGAAUGGUAGGGUAUGUUAGUAGUUUUAUGAAGUGUUCUAACUGCUGUUGGCCCAUAUUAGAUGUGUCUUCCUAGUACAGGUUUUUGAGAGGAGAGAUUGAUAAAAUUGGCUGUAAAAACAUGAAAUGCAGAAUAUGACCCAAUAAAGAUUUCACUUUCUCCCACCCACAAACUUCUUUCUUUCACU